AUAUAGAAUGAUUAGAAAACGAGCUACACUCGAUGAAUAUGUUUUCUAUUCAAUACUUAAUACUGAUAUUCCUAUGGAAUUAGGAGUAGCAGCAAGUUUAAUAACACGUGGAAUACUUGGACUUUAUAACAAAUUAGCAACUGAUCGAGCAAAGAAUCCUUAUAUUGUUCAAUGGCAGAAUUCCGGGGAAAAUAUGAUAGUUUUGCAAGGAUACGAUCAUAAACAUUUAAAAUAUCUGGAGAAUGAAGUGAAGUUUGCAGCCCUCGGUACUCAUGCUAUUUAUCAUCGAUGGUAUCAUAACCGAAUAAUGCUAGUACUAUCGGUAUUUGGACGCAAAGAAGAAAUCGAGGAUAUCUUUGAUGGACUUUCAUAUUUACGAUAGCAAUAUAAACAAACGUUAAUAAAUAAGGAUCAAGUUGUAUCGAGAGCUGUUGUGGAAAUGGAAACGGACUUAUCGAACAGAAGCCCUCGACACUUUUACCGCGGUGUUCCAUCGCUUCGCUGGAGAGCGAAAGCACCGAGAAAUCCCCAGAAUGCUUCGACGGUUUUAAAUCUCGAUGCGGACAUGUACAAGGCGAGAUAUACGAGGCGGCGUGCUCUGCUUUUACGAUUCACGCCCUACUUUUUAUUUGUCUCGUAAACUCCCGGA